UGAAACGCUAGAGACUCCCUGCUGUUCAGAGCUGAAAUGGAACAACCAAGAUGUCAAACGGACUCUAGGAAGUUCUCCUGUUCCAUCUGUUUGGAUCUACUGAAGGAUCCGGUGACUAUUCCCUGUGGACACAGUUACUGUAUGAACUGUAUUAAAUGCCACUGGGAUGAAGAAGAGCAGAGGAGAAUCCCCAGCUGCCCUCAGUGCAGGAAAGAGUUCAUACCGAAGCCUGGUCUGGAGAAAAGCAUCAUGUUAGCUGAGUUGGUGGAGGAGCUGAAGAAGACUGGACUCCAAGCUGCUCCUGCUGAUCACUGCUAUGCUGGACCUGAAGAUGUGGCCUGUGAUGUCUGCACUGGGAGGAAGAGAAAAGCUGUCAAGUCCUGUUUAUCCUGUUCAGCUUCUUAUUGUCAGGAUCACCUCCAACCUCAUUAUGAUGUCCCUGAAUUGAAGAAACACAAACUGGUGGAUCCCUCCAAGAACCUCAAGGAGAACAUCUGCUCUCGUCAUGAUGAGGUGAUGAAGAUCUUCUGUCGUACUGAUCAGCAGUGUAUCUGUUAUCUCUGCACUAUGGAUGAACAUAAAGGCCAUGAAACAGUCCCAGCUGCAGCAGAAAGAGAUGAGAAGCAGAAGAAGCUCCAGAAGUGUCAACAACAAAUCCAUCAGAGAAUCCAGGACCGAGAGAAAGAUGUGAAGCUGCUUCAACAGGAGGUGGAGGUCAUCAAUCGCUCUGCUGAUAAAACAGUGGAGGACAGUGAGAAGAUCUUCACUGAGCUGAUCCGUCUCCUCCAGAAAAGAAGCUCUGAUGUGAAGCAGCAGAUCAGAUCCCAGCAGGAAACUGAAGUGAGUCGAGUCAAAGAUGUUCAGGAGAAGCUGGAGCAGGAGAUCACUGAGCUGAAGAGGAAAGACGCUGAGCUGGAGCAGCUCUCAAUCACAGAGGAUCACAACCAGUUUCUCCUCAACUACCCCUCACUGCCAGCACUCAGGGAGUCGACACACUCAUCCAGGGUCAAGAUCCGUCCUCUGAGACACUUUGAGGACGUGACAGCAGCUGUGUCAGAGCUCAGAGACAAACUACAGGACGUCCUGAGAGACUCAUGGACAAACAUCUCAGUGAAGGUCACUGAGGUGGAUGUUCUUCUGUCAGAACCAGAACCAGAACCAAACAGCAGAGCUGAAUUCUUAAAAUACUCUCGAGAAAUCACUCUGGAUCCAAAUACAGCAAACAGGAAGCUGUUAUUAUCUGAGGGGAGCAGAAAAGUAUCAGGACCUAAAGAGGAAGAUGAAGAGUCGGAAGAUGAAGAGUCGGAAGAUGAAGAGUCGGAAGAUGAAGAGACGGAAGAUGAAGAGUCGGAAGAUGAAGAGUCGGAAGAUGAACUUUAUCCUGGUCAUCCAGACAGAUUCACUCAUCAUCCUCAGGUCCUGAGCAGAGAGAGUCUGAUUGGACGUUGUUACUGGGAGGUGGAGAGGGGAGGAGGAGCAGUUCUUGUAGCAGUUUCAUACAAGAGCAACAGAAAAAGAUG